UUCCUUGUCGUGAAGUUAUCCUUCGCAUCUAACGAACCGAUUUUACAUGCACACCAUUUGCAUUGAUUGGGGAGGGGGCUGCACCGGCCCAAACCAGCCCAAGGGCACCGGACGCAUGAGCUACAAGCGCACGCUUGCUGAAUACAUGCUCGAAUCGAGCGCUUCGGCUAAUAAAAACGCACCUACGACCAGGCAACAACAUCUCACUGGCCACUGGCGUCGCGGCCUUUUGGGUUGGUAUACGGAGGCUGACGGAGGCCUGCACGCCAGCGUUCUAAUCUUACCCGGGGGAAUUUUUAAAAAGCGAGAACCAAAACUCCCGACCGUCGAUAAUGAAGAGCGGAACGGGAUUUCUUUCGUUUAAUUAGCAGGGUUCCGCUUUUGUUCUUUUACUUGCGAGUGCGUAAUCUCUUGCGUUUCGCUUGACGUGGUAGAAAGAAUUGGGAGAUAGCACAGAUGAACCGAUACCCUUCGCUAGCCCUACGGCACGGACACGGUCAGGGAAGGUCACGGCAAAGUUUGAAGUGUUUCCGGGAAGUUGAGGCUGUUCCUAAUGCUGACGAAAUGGAACCGCACGGACAAUCGCAGCAGGCGUCAUAACCGUAUAUCCCUCGCAACGCACAAUCGCACGAUCACAGUAGCCAGUGGAACCGACCACACAAGUUUACCCCUUGAAAACCCGUCAUGUCACGAAACGAAAUUAAAAAGUCGAAAAUACCGAAACCAUGUCCGACCGAGCAGGAGCUCGGCCGGGAGGAAGAACUCCUCGACGAAACGAUACCGCCGAGCGAACUGUUCCACUGUACCAGCUCACUGCUGGCUAGCGAAUCGCUGUACACCGCCACGAUCAACGGGCAGGAGUGUCAGCUUCCGUUCGAGGUGCUGCCGGAAGUGGCCUCUUCCGUGGUGAAUCUGGAGGAUACGGCAAUCUCGCGCCAACCAUUUCCCUGUCCCGCCGGCGGGUGCCGGCAGCCGUGCUGCUUGUUUAUGUUCGCCACACACGUCGCCUUCGACCACCAGGAGGUGCUGGUGGACACACUGUGGCCGGGCGAAACCAACACCAUCCUGAUCGACCCGUACACGGAACCGACCGACCAGCCGCGCUGUCACAGGCUUCUGCUUCUUAGUGGCAAAAUAAGAGGACUUGGCGAUGGGAAGCAUCGGGAUAAGCUGCCGUUUGCGCUGAUGUCGUCGAAAUGUUCGCUCCACGGUUCGGACCGGCUGGUGCUGUGGAUUACCGGUCCCGACGCGGGCGAUGGCCACCGGCAGCAGUACACGCUCGAGGCGGGAAAGAACGAAUCCUCCCGGCUGGUGAUGUACGCGGUAGCCUUCAGCGGUGAGAUCGUGCCGCUGCACGGUUCGCAGGACGCGGCGGAGCUGCACCGGUCCGGCGCUGGGCUGGUCGUACCCGAGCAGCAGCUAGACUUUCUUACCGACAGCCGCACGAAGCUUCUGGAAGUUUGUGUGCAUUUCUAUUGAUAACCGGUCGGGCGGUCGGGCGUGAUGCAAAUCGUGCCUUUUUGCCGGUGGACUUGCGCGAAUAAUUCAUCAGGAAACGCCUCCCUCUCGCGGGAAAAGGGUUCGGAUGGUUCGCAGUUCAUGCUGUGGCCCCCGGGGGUGCAUGGGGUUAAUUUGGGUUUCGGUGAAAUGGUCAAUGGCGCACACAUCCAUUAGCAUCGUGUCGAGAAGCAGUAGUAAAAAUCGUUGCCUGAAACGUGA